UCAAUUAUUGUAGUUCUAAAAAUCGACCUACAUUUAAGCAAGAAUAUAACAAAAUCUCGAUGUUGUUUCUGGUGUUGCUUUGUUGUAUAAUUUGCAUCGUCGAGUCAUGCUAUCCCUCUUGCGUGGAAACCUACAACCUAACCGUGCAGAUGUGUGGAAAUUCUCCGUCGAUAUCCACCAAAGCAGUCGUAACAACUCGAGGCUCAAAUCUUUCCCUGGUCUGCGGGGGGCACGAGAACACUGCAUGGACCAGACUCGGGAGUACCAUAGCAAAACACCGCCUAACUUUCAACCCGGUACGUUUAAAACACCAAGGGGACUAUCUCUGCACAAGCGACGACUCAAAUUGUACUCUCUCGGUGCACAUCGUAAUACUACCCCACAAAAUUUCCUCGCGCCUCAAAAGGAAAGUGUUCAAUUACAUUUAUCCGGCGAAACACAAGCGGUCCGUCGACUCCGAGUCUUCCGAAAGUGAUUCGUCCACCUUCUUACUUACCGGUGCAAAUUCCGAGUUGAGUUACGGCGACUUCUGGAUAGUAGUCUUCGUAAUCUUCCUCGUUGGAAUAGCGUUCGCCGUAGCGUUCUGCAUACUGAAACGUUACUGGUGGACUCCUAACGGACGGUGUCGCCAACAGCCCGUCAGAGAUCAGCCCGAAUUGGUAGAGCUCGCACGGGUGGUGCCGGAGGAGCGCCCCCCUCCUUACAUUGUGCCCGCCGAGGAUCUACCACCGUCGUAUGAGCAAGCUGUUUAUAAUAAGCAUCCCGUUGGACUGUGAUAAGAUUUCCAAGUAUUCCGCAUUUUGUAUUCAAAUAAAGUUCAAAAUAAUG